AGAGACCACCACACGUCUGACGGUUGGAUGUGAAUAUUAGGUUUGAUCUGCGCCCCCAGCACUAUGGACUGUCCUGACCUGCAGCUCGGCAUUAUGGGUCUGAAAGCAGGCGUUCUGAGCGAGUCUUUCUGUGACGGAUUAAAACUCUGAAACUCUGACGGGUUCUUGAGUCACUCUUCAAACAAACUCUUUUCCUGUUGGUACCUGACGUUUGGUGAUUUUGGCUGCGGUCGCACUGAGACGGUAAGAUGCCGUUCAUGCCAGUGAAGUUCAACCUGCAAAAGCGGGUGAAGCUGGCUCAGGGUCUGUGGAUGAUCUACUGGCUCUCUGUCAUCGUGGGCAUCCUCAUCUUCAGCCUGGGCAUCUUCUUCAAGAUCGAGCUGCGGAAGAGAAGCGAGAUGAUGGACAACAACGAGAGCCACUUAGUGCCGAACCUGCUGAUCCUGGUGGGCCUGCUGGCCUGCGGGGUCAACGCCUUCGGAGGAAAGGUGUGCCACGACUCUCUGGACCCCAUCAAGUUCGCCAAGUGGAAGCCGAUGCUGAAGUCGUACCUGCUGCUGUGCUGUGGCUUCAACGCGCUGCUGCUGCUGACGGCGCUGUUCUGCUUCCUCAUGCAGUUCGCCGUGUACCUGACGCUGGCCGAGGGUCUCAAGAACAGCAUCAAGUUCUACAAGGACACUGACACGCCGGGACGUUGCUUCAUGAAGAGGACACUGGACAUGACGCAGAUCGAGUUUCGCUGCUGCGGAAACAACAACUUCAGGGACUGGUUCGAGGUUCAGUGGAUCAGCAACCGCUACCUGGACAUGAGCAACGAUCAGGUCAAAGAUCGUGUCCUCAGUAAUGUGGAGGGGAAGUACCUGAUGGACAGUGUCCCGUUCAGCUGCUGUAACCCUGGCUCCCCUCGGCCCUGCAUCCAGCACCACCUGACCAAUAACUCCGCCCACUAUGACUACGACCAUCGCAUCGAGGAGCUCAACAUCUGGACCCGAGGCUGCCGCGAGGCCCUCUUCGCCUACUUCAGCAGCAUGAUGACCAGCAUCGGCGUGCUCAUCAUCGCCACCAUCUUCCUGGAGUCGGCGGACAUGGCCGGGUUAAAGUACCUGACCACAGCUCUUGAGACGAUGGAGGACCCAGAGAACCCAGAGUGUGAGAGUGAAGGCUGGCUGCUGGAGAAGGGAGUGAAGGAGACGUUCGGCGAGCUGCUCGCCAAGCUGAAGACAAUGGGCAAGGCCAACCAGGUGGAGGAGGGUGCAGCGGAGCCCGCCACCUGA